GAAGCAAAGAAAAUGUUAGGUGCAUUAGGAAUGGAAUAUGAAAAGAUUCAUGCAUGCCCUAAUGAUUGUUGCUUGUAUCGAAAGGAAUAUGCCAACGCAAUUGUGUGCCCUGAAUGCGGUGAGUCUAGGUGGAAAUAUGGUAAAGAUGCAAAUAAGAAAAAGAAAAUCCCUGCUAAAAUAAUGUGGUACUUUCCACCUAUUCCACGAUUUCAACGGAUGUUUAGAAGUGUUGAAUGUGCUAAAAACUUAACUUGGCAUGCUACUGAAAGAGAAAUUGAUGAUAAAUUAAGGCACCCUGCUGACACUCCAGCUUGGAAGUUAGUCGAUACCAUGUGGCCAAAUUUUAGUUCUGAACCCAGGAAUCUUCGUUUAGCAUUGUUAGCAGAUGGAAUAAAUCCUUAUAGUGAUAUGAGCUCCAAGUACAGUUGUUGGCCAGUCGUGAUGGUGAUUUAUAAUCUUCCCCCAUGGUUAUGUAUGAAACGAAAGUUCAUGAUGUUAUCAAUUUUGAUUUCGGGUCCAAAGCAACCAGGAGAUGACAUUGGGAUAUACUUAGAACCAUUGAUUGAUGAUUUAAAACUUUUGUGGGAAAGUGGUGUGCAAUGUUAUGAUGCCUACAAUGAGGAACUAUUCAACCUAAGAACAGUUCUACUAUGGACGAUUAAUGAUUUUCUAGCCUAUGGAAACCUUAGUGGAUGUAGUGUGAAAGGGUAUAAGGCAUGUCCAAUUUGUGAAGAUAACACAUCUUCAAUACGAUUGAAAUAUGGAAAAAAAUGGCAUACCUUGGGCAUCGAAAAUUUCUACCACAUAAUCAUCCUUUUCGUCGUCAAAAGAAAUCGUUUAAUGGUCAGCGAGAACUUGGAAGUAUUCCUGAACCUUUGUCUGGGGAGGUUGUAUUUGAAAAAACUAAAGAUCUUGACUUUCAAAGAGGAAAAAUAAACAAAAAAAGAAAACACUCUAAAGGAAGCACCAAGAGUUGUUGGAAUAGGAAGUCUGCUUUUCUCGAGCUCCCCUAUUGGAAGCAUCUUCAUGUUAGACAUUGUUUAGAUGUGAUGCAUAUUGAGAAAAAUGUUUGUAUGAAUAUUUUAGGUACACUUCUCGGUAUUCCAGGAAAAACUAAGGACGGCUUGAAUGCUAGACGUGAUUUAGCUGAUUUGAAGAUUCGACCUGAGCUUACUCCUAUUAAUGGGGAGAAAAAAAUUUUCAUUCCCCCUGCUUGUUAUACACUUACUAAGAAAGAAAAGCGGUUUCUUUUGAAGUCGUUAUCAGCAAUGAAAGUUCCUCGGGGUUACUCAUCCAAUGUUACGAAUCUUGUGUCAAUAGAAGAUUCAAAACUGAAUGGUCUAAAAUCUCAUGAUUGUCAUGUCCUCUUAUAACAAUUGCUCCCUAUUGCCAUCAGAUCUGUGCUUCCAAAACAUGUUCGAUAUGCUAUAACUCGUUUGUGUCUUUUUUUUAAUUCUAUAUGUAACAAAGUUAUAGAUGUUACACAAGUAGAGAAGCUGCAAGAAGACAUUGUGAUUACAUUAUGUUUACUAGAGAAGUACUUCCCUCCUUCAUUCUUCACGAUAAUGGUCCAUCUCACUGUACACCUUGUUAGAGAAGUAAAACUUUGUGGGCCCAUUUAUUUGCGAUGGAUGUAUCCAUUUGAAAGGUUCAUGAAGGUUAUAAAAAAUGCUGUGAGAAAUCGAAAUCGUCCAGAGGGUUGUAUUGCUGAAGGUUAUAUAUUAGAAGAAGCUGUUGAAUUUUGUUCAGAAUUUUUAUGUGGAGUAGAUCCUAUUGGACUUGGUUGUCAAAAGUUAAGAGACAAUUCUGACUAUUCAGAACUUGGUAGACCAUUGUCAAGUGGAGUUACUAGCAUACCUGAACGAGAGCUUUUAUAUCAAGCUCAUCGAUAUGUUUUGGAGAAUACCGUUGAUGUGCAACCAUAUAUAGAGAAACAUUUGAUUGCAUUGCAACAACAACACCGAAGUAGAUCAAAAAACCAGAAAUGGAUUCAAGAUGAACACAAUCGAACCUUCAUAUCUUGGUUACGAGAGAAGGUUGAAACAGAACUUGCAACAGGAGAUGUUGAGGUUUCAGAUAACUUGCGGUGGAUUGCUCAUGGCCCUCAUCCAGUUGUUACUACUUACAAUAGUUACGCUAUUAAUGGAUGUCACUACCACACAAAGUCGCAUGACAAGAAUAAAACUGUACAAAAUAGUGGAGUUAGUUUAGUUGCAAAAACAAUGCAAGUAUGUAGCUCGAAAGAUAAAAAUCCUAUAAUCGGAGAAAUGUCCUUUUAUGGUGUGAUAGAAGAGAUUUGGGAACUUAAUUAUAAUUCAUUUAAGGUUGCCAUUUUUAAAUGUGAUUGGGUUGAAAAUAGUGGUGGUAUCAAAACUGAUGAGCUUGGGUUUGUGUUAGUUGACUUAAGUAGAGUAGGGCAUAAGAAUGAUUCUUUUAUAUUUGCAACUCAAGCAAAACAAAUGUUUUUUGUUGAGGAUCCAAGUGAUAGUCGGUGGUCUAUUGUUCUUACUCCACCACAAAGAGAUUUUGCGGAUCAAUAUAAUGAUGACGAACUUGGAGAUACAGUUUUAAAUUGUCAAGGAAUGCCUAAAGCUACAAUAGAUAUUGAAUCUAGACUUGAUUUCGAUGAAAAUACUCCAACAUAUGUACGAGCUGAUUGUGAAGGCACAUGGAUUUCUAAUGAGUAAAUGUUUGGAUUCAUUCUUAUACAAUGGAGCUACCAACUGAUAAGGACUUAACACUUGGAUUGGACGAGGUUGAAAUAGGUUUGGAUAAUGCACAUACAGAUCACUUAGAACAAGUUGAUGCAUCAAAGAACGAGAAGAAGAAAACAAGAGAACUAACAUUGAUGCAUGAUGUUACAAGAAUUAAGAGUACGGGGGAGAAAACAGUAGUUGAAUACAAUGAAAAUGGAAUACCUAUUGGGGAGAAUGGGCACAAGCUUCAAUAUUUCAUUGGAUCUUGUGUGCAUCAUCAUAUCCCCAUCACACAUGCAUCUUGGAAGGUAGUGCCGACUGAAUUAAAAGAAAAAAUAUGCAGCAUGGUUGAGGGAGCAUUCGUAGUUGAUGGUCGAAGUAAGAAGGCCAUUAUGAAAACGGCUGGAGUUUCAUUUCGUCAAUUCAAGAGUUGGUUGACAACUCAAUAUAUUAUCCCUUUGAUGGAUGAACCACAACUCUUGAUAGAUUCACCUUCGUUGUAUGCUCACAUAAUUGAUAAACCUGUUUGGCAAGAGUUUGUUAGGUCAAGAAUGUCUUCAGAAUUUCAGAAACUGAGAAGAGAACAGCAAGAUCGAAGAAAGAGGAGUAAAUAUACUCAUAAUAUGUCAAGACGUGGCUAUGCUAAUCUUGCCGAGGAUAUGAAAAAGGGUUCUUUCGAAGAAAAGGAUUUUGGACGAGCUAAUAUGUGGAAAAAAGCUCGGACAAAAAAAGAUGGAGGAUACAUAAACGAAGAUGUACAACAAGUUGCCAAUGAAAUAGAUGAGAUUUUGGAUAAAGCACCCAAUGAGGAAUCACCCAAUGAUGCAUUGACUCAAGCGUUGGAUACUCCAGAAUAUGGCGGACGAGUACGUGGUGUGGGUGGUUUCAUUACACCUACUGUUUAUUUUCAUCAAGCAAAGCCAAGAAAUUCAAAGAAGGUGGAUACAACCCAACAAAUUAUUGAUGAAAAUGAAGCUCUUCGUAAACGUAUUCGAGAGUUGGAACAAAAAGUUCAAAGCAUCCCAACAUCGGAACAUGGUAGUUGCUCCAAGAGCAAAGUCCAAGAGAAGGAGAAAGGUUUAGAAAAUGUAGUAAAAGAGAAGAAAGGGAUUGCUACUAGUGUACCACCGGUCUCUCUUACAUCAAAGAAGAAGGUCGUAGAAGAAGAGGAAGUGAAAGAGGAGGAAGUGAUUGCUACUACGCCGAUGACAAAAAAUGAGGUAAAAUCUUCAAGGCCAAUGACAAAGGAGGUGGAAGUUACUAGUGAACCAUCAAAUCUACCAAUACAAUUGAAGUAUAUUCUUAGAUAUGCUGAAAGGGUAAUGGUUGAUGGGUCUAGUUUUUCAUUUCAACUACCUCUUGAGUUAUUUGGUAUAUCUCGAAAGAGUUAUGUUUUGCGAGAAGAUGUUAUUGAUUUUUGAAACAUGCAAAAAGUUAAGACUUUAUCAAUGGUGGCUUAUAUUACGUACUUAUACUCACUCAUUAUUGAUUUAAAGAAGGUUUCAAAGUACGUUUUUGUAGAUCCAUCUCUUAUUUCAGCUGGCCAUAGUACUCGAGAGAUUAGAGCUCGAAACCUUUGUAGUAGAUUAAUGACUUCCAAACAAGAUCAAUUGGUUGUUGCUCCUUAUAAUCCUGGGGAUCAUGGUCAUUAGUAAUUAUUAAUCCAUAUGAUGAUGUGGUGUACCAUCUUGAUUCCUUGAGAACAAGCUCCCGAGAUGAUAUUAAAUAUGUAACGAAUAUGGCCUUGACGAUUUUCCAACUUAGAAGAAUUUGAAAAAGACCAGAAAAACAACAUUCUGGAAAGCGGUAAAGUGUCCUUUACAGGUAGGAACUGUUGAAUGUGGAUAUUAUGUCAUGAGAUACAUGCGCGAAAUCUUGGGCAAGGACACAAGCAUUAUUACUGAUGCGAUUGAUACAAGAAACUUGUACUCACAGCUUGAAUUGGAUGAAGUACGAGUGGAGUGGGCUGAAUUUUUAUCCCGGUACAUAUGAUAGAUACACCUAGAUAUGAUCUUCUUCUUAAUUUUGUAAAUGGCUAACAUAGGAGAAUGCCCAUAACAUUUUUUGUGUAAACGUUUUGUUCAUAGCCAUUAUACUUAUAGAUGAUGCAAUAGAUGCAAGGGGAUAGAUACUUUAGUUUUGGUAUACAAGAUAGCUAUUAUUAUUGGUUAUAUAAGAGGUAGCUAUUAUUAUUGUUGAUUUUGGAAUAGGCCACAGAUAGAAAAUUUUAGUUGGCUAUAUUUGGAUUGGAAUUAUGUAAUUGUUGAUGACAUUGGUGAGAACAAAUGAAAUUAUUGUUGGUUUACUUAAU